CGAUACGUGGAUGGAGGAAUCUCAGACAACCUUCCGCAGUACGAGCUGAAAAACACCAUCACGGUGUCUCCCUUUUCUGGAGAGAGCGACAUCUGCCCUCGAGACACUUCCACCAACAUCCACGAGCUGCGCUUCACCAACACAAGCAUCCAGUUCACCCUCACCAACCUUUACAGAGUCUCUAGGGCUCUCUUUCCACCUGAUCCAAUGGUUAUGAAGGCCAUGUGCAAGCAGGGAUAUAAGGAUGCUCUGCAUUUUUUAAAGAGAAAUGGAUUGCUUAAUUAUACAGGGCCUCAAUCGGACAGACAAUUGCUGGUCAACAGAGAGGAAAAUAAGGCCGGCGAUGAAAGGAGAGAAGAGAAAAACCGAGAGGCGGAGCCACAGGUGGAGGCCAAAGCUCUGCUGCAUGCCAGCUCCUCGCUAGAUGAUCACAUCAUGGAGUAUCUUCCACCCGCUGUGCACAAAGUCCCUGAAGGCAACGCUUAUGAAGUUCUCGGCAAAGUUUGCGGUUUCACUUCCAGAGAUCGUCCACCAGGUGGCGCAGCCUGGGUGGUGCUGGUUCUGGUGGCGGAGGGGGGCUGA